AUCUUACUGAUGAUCCAUCACAAAUUGAUUGUACAAUUAUUUUGGAAUUUGCAUUAAUCAGUCAAAAUCGUACAUUUAAACCAAUUUUAAUUAAUAUUCCUGUCAAUAUUCAAGAUAUCAAUGAUAAUAUACCACGUUUUGAUCAAUAUACAAGUGGAUUAAAACUUGAAAUUAGUGAAGAUGUAUCAACCAUUGAUCAGCAUUAUCAUCUAUCAUUAUUAUCACCGUAUUGGACUGGUGGAUAUGUGACUACUGAAAGUCCUUUAAUUCACAGUAGUGGUAGUGGUAGUAAAAAGCGUGAAAUUGCUAUUUUACCUUUGGCAAAAGAUUUCGAUUAUGGAUUAAAUGGUACAGUAGCUUAUAAAUUAGAG